AUGCAUAAAUCAUUAAAAUUAUCAAUCAAAUAUUGCGGACAGUAUCGAUUUAAGUAUUACGAUAAAAAUAACAUAGAUAAACCUUGUAAUGAAAAUAAUUACAAUAUUUAUAAUAACAACAAUUUGAAAAUUGCUAAAUUUUUUCCACCAAAAAGUAGCGAUAGCUCUAAAACUUUUGCAGAGUUAUGCAAACCUUCAUCAGCGAUGAGACGUCGUGCAAAAAUUUACGGGUUUUUAUUAAAGUAUAUAUGUAUACCUACUGUUAUUAUCGGUGGAAUAAUAACAAAGAUCAACUACGACAUAGAGAAAAGAUGUAGAGAAGCUCAUAAAUAA